AUGGCAUCCACGACCCCCACCACGGCGGAGCGCUGGCACAAGAUUGAAGGCCACUCCCCUGACGGCAUCUUUGCCCUCGCCGCUCGUGCCAACGCCGCCAAGGACCCGAAGGCCAACCUUGUGGUGGGUGCCUACCGCGAUGAGCAGGGUCGCCCCUACCCCCUGCACGUCGUCCGCAAGGCCGAACGUCUGCUGUUGGACAUGAAUCUCGACUACGAGUACCUGCCCAUCGCGGGCCUUCAGGCCUUUGUGGAUGACGCAACGAAAAUGCUCUACGGCGACGCGGUCGAGUCGCACCAGAUUGUGGGCGUGCAAACGAUCAGCGGCACCGGUGCGAUCGCCCUCGGCGCCAAGCUGCUGACACACGUCUACGACCCAGUGACCACCCCCAUCUACCUGUCGAACCCGACCUGGCCGAAUCACCACGCCAUCCUCCCGGCGGCGGGCUGGAAGGACAUCCGCAGCUACAGCUACUACGACCCCGAGACGAUGAGUCUCGAUUUCGAGGGCAUAAAGAAGGACAUCCACACUGCGCCGAAUGGCUCCAUCUUCGUGCUGCACCAGUGCGCGCACAACCCCACCGGUGUGGACCCGACCCACGCGCAGUGGGAGGAGAUUGCGGACUUGAUGCUGGCUAAAAAGCACCAGGUGUUCUUUGAUUCCGCCUACCAGGGCUACGCAAGUGGUAGCCUCGACGAAGACGCCUUCGCGGCUCGGCUCUUUGCCGGCCUCGGCUUGGAGGUGAUGGUGGCGCAGUCCUUCUCCAAGAACAUGGGUCUCUACAGUGAGCGCGCGGGUGCCCUCUCUGUAAUCAUCAAGGACAAGACGAAGCGCGCGGAUGUGAAGAGCGUGAUGGAGUCGCUGAUCCGCGAGGAGUACUCCAGCCCGCCGGCGCACGGCGCUCGCCUCGCCCACCUCAUCCUGAGCAGCAACGACCUGCGCAAGGAGUGGGAAGCGGAGCUGGCGGACAUGGCCGGUCGUAUUCGCACGAUGCGCCGCACUGUCUACAACGAGCUGAAGCGACUGGAGACGCCCGGCAGCUGGGAGCACGUGAUCAACCAGAUCGGCAUGUUCUCCUUCCUCGGCCUGACCAAGGAGCAAUGCCAGUACUGCCAGGACCACAACGUCUUCAUCACGCUGACGGGGCGCGCGAACAUGGCGGGUCUGACGCACGACACCGCCUUGAUGCUCGCCCGGACGAUCAACGAUGCCGUAUCCAAGUUGGAUAAUAAAUAA